AUGCGCUGGCACUGGGGCUUCUUCUUCUUCGUCAGUGCGACCUCCGCGCAGCUCCAGAUUCCGUUCGUCAAUCACGCAGCGUCUCAGCCUCAGCCCGCAGGGCCCCUCGUCUGGGGCGAGCUCAAUGUACUCGCAACGACCGACAUCCACGGCUGGCUGCGAGGUCAUGCCUCGUAUGGGCAACAGACUGCAGAGGAGACAGAGCGUAACGCUUCGGGAGACUUGGGUGACUUCUACAGCUUCGCCAUUCGGAUGAAAGCACUGGCUGCCGAGCAGAAGCGAGAUCUCUUGCUCGUCGACUCGGGCGAUCUGCAUGAUGGCAACGGCCUGUCAGAUGCUGAUCCCUUCAUCAAAGGUCACACGGUCAUGCAGCUUCAUCGCAAGCUGCCUUAUGACAUCACAACCAUAGGCAAUCACGAAUUAUACAACCUCACGGUCGCGCAAGAUGUUCAUCAGACUCACGCUCGUGUGCUCGGCGAACGCUUCCUCACGAGCAACGUCAACAUCACCCUCGCAUCGGGCGAGAGUGUGCCGAUUGGUCAUCGCUUCAGACGAUGGACGACUGCGCAAGGCCGAAAGCUCUUUGCGCUUGGUGUUCUUUUUGAUUUCACUGGCAAUGCGCACGGAACGGUUGUGCAACCUGUUGCCGCCAUGCUCAGAGAAGAAUGGCUUGCAGAAGCGCUGUACGAGAGGCCGGAUGCCUUUGUGCUCGUCGGGCAUAUGUCCACGCGAGAUGACGGCUGGCGUGCUGUCAUUGAGCACUUGCACACGCGCCAUCCUGGCGUACCAGUGCUUACCUUUGCCGGGCAUGCGCAUGUGAGAGACUGCAUUCAGCAUACACCGGCCUCCGUCACGCUGGCAUCCGGUCGGUAUUUCGAGACGAUCGGCUGGCUUUCGGCGAACAUCUCCGGUCCUCGGCUCGAGUUCUCGCGCAAAUACCUCGACCAGAACCCUACGACGUACGCAUACCACCUUGGACUUGACCGCUCAAGUCUGUCGACCAGCAAGGGCCGUGGGAUCUCUGCGGAGCUGCAGCAAUACUCGCACGCAUGGAAUCUUUCGCAUCAGUUUGGCACCGCGCCGCAGUCCUUCUAUGCCAAUCGGGCGCCAGAGUGGUCGAGCAAGUCCUUACUCAGACUCAUGACAGAUGUCAUUUUUACCACCGUCAUGGCCGAUACAUCUCGUCCGCUAUCCCACGUGAUGAUCAUGAACACCGGCGGUAUCCGCUUCGACAUCUUUCAAGGUCCUUUCACUACAGACAGCCAGUGGCUCGUCGUGCCGUUCGAGAGCCGACAUGUCUUCCUUCCGCGAGUCAAACGGGCGCACAUAGAAGCACUAUUGCCUGCACUCGAGCUGCAUGGCCCGGCGAUCGCUGCUCGUCUGCGUAGUCAGCAGGCCCUUGACGACGCGCAGAUCAAUGCGGACUAUGCAGCGCAUACUCGUCGGAUGGCGGCGCUUGGCCAGACAGAUUUAGAAGCCAGCACAACCUCUAGCCUGACAGAGGGCUAUCGAACCUACGAUGACUGUCCCGGGAGAGGCGACGACACGUUGCACCGACCAAUUCCUUCGUUCGCAAUCCCAGAAUACGUGACCAACGCUCUGCGAGAAGGCGAAAACGAAUUCGAUCUCGCAUGGUUCGACUUUCUGACGCCACUCAUCCUCGCGACGCUCAACACUGUGCAGCAAGAGUACCAUUACGUCCAGGCAGAUGUAUCGGUGUAUUCAGCAAUCAAAGAGGAUGAGAUGCUAGGCGUCUUUGCGCGCAAGUACUGGUAG